AUGAGAAGGCCGGAGCGGCCGGAGCUGAGCAUGGAGGGGGAUGUGCUGGAUACGCUUGAGGCCUGGGGUGAGUACGAUGGUCCUCUCUUAGAAGAACAAGCACUUAGCAAAGCAGUAGGUGGCCUAUCCUCACCUGAAUUUUCAGAGCUCUGCAUUUGGUUAGGAUAGAUAAAACCAUUAUGUGACUUAGAAGAAAGCACUUCAACAGCUGGAAGUGAAGAUAUAGAGAGCUUCCAGCUUGAGAUAAGUGGUUUUCUGAAAGAAUUGUCCUGUCCCUAUUCAACACUGAUCUCAGGAGACAUUAAAGAUCGUUUAAAAAAGAAAGAUGAUUGUUUGAAACUCUUAUUAUUUUUGAGUACAGAACUUCAAGCUUUAAGGAUUUUGCAGAAGAAGAAGCUCAAAGGUUCACAAUUGGACAAAAACAAUGAAAUUUACCAGGAAGUACAAGCUAUCUGUGAUACCCUGUGCUUACCAAAAUCAACCACUUCUGACAUUCCUGUUGUGCUAAGUCAUGUGGAAUCAAAGAUGAAGGAUAUUCUCAAAGUUCAAAAUAACCACAUAGAACCAUUGCUGAAAGCGGAUUUAAGUCCAGAACAAGGCGGUAAGUCCCUUUCCUCUUGGGAACGAUUGGAAAGUAUCAAUGCUGCUCUCUGCCGUGAAUAUGAAUGCCGGCGGCGGAUGUUAAUGAAGCGAUUAGAUGUGACAGUUCAGUCCUUUGGAUGGUCUGAUAGAGCCAAGGUAAAAACAGAUGAUAUAGCAAGAAUAUACCAGCCUAAGCGUUAUGCAUUGUCACCCAAAACAACAAUUACACUGGCUCAUCUUCUUGCUGCUCGUGAAGAUCUGUCUAAGAUUAUACGAACAAGCAGUGGUUCUACCCGGGAGAAGACCACAUGCGCUAUCAAUAAGGUGCUGAUGGGAAGGGUUCCAGACAGAGGAGGAAGGCCAACUGAAAUUGAACCACCGCCUCCUGAAAUGCCUCCUUGGCAGAAGAGACAAGAAGGCGGAGGGAGGGGUGGCUGGGGUGGAGGUGGAGGUGGAAGAGGAGGUGGGGGUGGGGGUGGCCGGGGUGGUUGGGGAGGAGGUGGAGGUGGAAGAGGAGGUGGGGGUGGGGGUGGGGGCUGGGGAGCCAGUGGUGGGGGUGGAGGAGGAGGAGGUGGGGGUUGGGGAGGUGGUGGGAGUGGGGGUAGAGGUGGAGGUUUUCAAGGGAGGGGAGAUUAUGGUGGCAGAGGGGAUUAUGGUGGCAGAGGGGGCUAUGGUGGCAGAGGGGGUUAUGGUGGCAGAGGGGGUUAUGGAGAUCCAUAUGGAGGAGGAGGGGGAGGUGGGGGUGGAUAUAGGAGAUAUUAAAAAUUCCAUUAUAGAUAAAUUAGAUGAUGCCUGUUUUCUAGUAGAAGGAUGUGUUCGGUACUUUUAGGCAUAGUAUUUUAAAUAACAGAUUUGAAUAUGCUCUAUGAAGUAUACACACUUUAGACCACCUGAUAGCAUCACUAUUGAAUCUGGUUAAUAUAUAAGAGCAUUGUUUUUAUAUUGGAUUUUGAUCUCUUAGGGGAAGUGGUCCCUAUACUCCAUGUAUCUUUGAGCAUGUUGGAGCUUUUUUUCAAAAAAAAAACAAAAAACGAUGAGAAAAUACAACAAAAAUCUUUUUAAAAAUGUAAAUAUUUAUUACCACUAAUCUUAGAACAUG